AUGUCGCAGCCAGCGUGGCCCAAUGUCUCCGGUUCUCUUGGCGAGAUAUUGCCUACAGAGCUGGGGAGAAUCGCCAUUAUCUCCAUCAUUCUGGGGCACUGCUUCCAUCUCUCUAUCCGCAAUGUUGAGAUCGAUUUCCGGAUCUGGUCUCUGUUGGGUCUCUAUGCCACCCUCUGGGUUGUGCUAACGGGGCUUUAUGUGAACGUCUGUGACCUCCGUCUGCUGCAGGCCGUCAGGAAUGCCUCUCUUUGCGGGCUUUUCUUCAACAUCGGGUUGACUGCCAGCAUCACGAUUUACCGGUUAUUUUCCCACCGAACUCGGCAUUUCCAAGGGCCGUUCGGCGCCAAGCUGAGUCGGUUCUAUGCAAUCUGGCUGUCCUCCAAGUCGACCCAGUACCAUUUCGAACUGAGGAAGCUGCAUGAAAUAUAUGGGGAUUUCGUUCGCACGGGACCUCGCGAGAUAUCGAUCAUCCGUCCGGCGGCGGUUUACGCGAUCUAUGGUCCUCAGUCAGAGUGCCGCAAAGCGACCUGGUACAGCCAAGUAUCCGAUGAUCCGAAUAAGUCGUCUGUUCAUCUCUGUCGGGACCCGGAGCAGCAUCGUCGUCGACGAAGAGCAUGGGAUCGAGGGUUUGGUAUGAAAGGUAUGAGCAACAUGAGAGUUGAUUAUUUCUCUUUUUCAAGACCUGGGGAAGACCUAACUCUGGAUGGCGGAGCAGCUCUCAAGACGUACGAACCAAGGAUCCAAUCCAAAAUCGACGUUUUAAUUAAACAACUGAAAUCACGACAGAAUAGCCCCGUCGAUAUUACCGCCUGGUCGAUGUACCUCGCAUUUGACAUUAUGGGGGCAGUCGGGUUUAGCAAAGACCUCCAUCAGCUGGAAGACGGUGCUGAGCACUCGGCGAUCAAAGAUCUUCAUGGUCAGAUGGCAAUUCUUGGUCUUUUGUCACCGGUUCCGUGGCUUCUAUCGAUGUUAGGUUCUCUUCCAGGCCUGACUGGUAGCUACAGAGGAUUCUUUGACUAUUGCAAUAGGCAGAUAUGGGAAGCCAACAAGAAAGAGGUGCCUGAGGAUGCUUUCUCUUGGCUCCUGAAAGCGCGUGACGAGAAGGGUCAGUCGGCUCCUCCGACAGACCAGGCGCUCAAUGAAGAUGCUCGUGUCAUCAUUGUCGCGGGAAGGCGAGUCUUUCAUCCUGAGUUCUCCGACACGACAGCGAUUACACUUGCGAAUGCCAUAUUCUACCUCGUCGCCCAUCCGUCUGUCUAUCAACGUCUCCAAAAGAUCGUGGACGGGCUAUUCCCGGAAGGCGACGAAGCAUUCGACUAUGAGAAAGUCAAGAAUAUUCCAUACCUCGAUGCUAUCAUCAACGAAACGCUUCGUCUCAAGCCUGUCAUACCAAGCGGCCAACCACGGCUGACCCCUCCGGGUGGUCUUCAGGUCGACGAGGUAUGGAUCCCGGGAGACACGAUCGUGGCCAUUCCGCAGUGGACGAUUUUCCGGGACGAGCGAUAUUUUAUCCGCGCAACGGAAUUCCUCCCAGAGCGCUGGCUGUAG